AUGGCUACAAUAUUAGAAAAAGGUAUAUUUUCAUUAUGUAUACUUCUAAUCAUUUAUCUUUCAAAAGAUCAAAUACUUGCUUUAAUAAUAAAAAAUAAAAAACCAUUAAGUGAUAAAGAAAGAUCUCCAUCAACAUCAUCAUUAGAAAAGCCAAAAAUACCAAAAUCAAGCUAUGCAUCAAAUGAAACAAUUCAAAAACCAACACCUUUAUAUAUUAAACCAGAAGAUGUUAAAAAUUAUGAUGAUAGACCUUGGAGACCAUUUAGAUGGCCAUAUCAUCAAACUAUGUCAAUUUUCAAAUUAGAUAUAAAUCAUUGGUUAGAUAUGGAUAAAUAUUAUCAACAUUAUAUUGAUGAAAAGAAAAGAAUUAGAUUAAAAUAUGGUAAACAAAAUUUUGAUAUGUUACCUGAAGGUAGAGAAGCAUGUACUGAAUUAAUGGAAACUGUUGUUGAUCAUAUGUUAGUAAGAUAUCCAUUGUUAUUUACUUUAAUGAAUAAUGGUUCUUGGGAAAAUGAAGGUAAAAUAGUUAAGAAUGAAAUUACAAAUGAAAUUAUUGAUAUGACAUUACCAUUAAAAGAACAACCAUUAGUUUAUGUUUCAAAAUUUGCAAAAGAAGAUUUUUAUGUUGUUUUACAAAAUCCAAAAGAUAAUUUAUAUUAUUUAGUAGGUGGAGCUGUUCCUUUCCCAGGUGGAAGUUUUAGUGUUAGUGAAAAAAUGGGUAAAAAUUUAGAUGCAAUUCAUGUUGGUGUUCCAUAUUAUAAACAAUCUUUAAAAAGAUCAAUGGAAAGAUGGUUUAGUAAAUUAAGACCACAAGAUCCAGUUGAAAGAGCAAGUUGGUAUAUUACUUGGGAUACAAAAUUAAAAUUUAAUAAUAUUUAUCAUACUCCUGAAACAUUUCCUGAAUUAUUUAAAAAUCUUGAUGAAACAAGUCCAAAACAAUUUAAUGUCAGAGUUGAAAGACAAACAUUAAGAAAAUUACCAAAAUCUCAAGCUGUUAUAUUUACUAAUCAUCCUGUUUUUUAUUCAAUUGAAGAAAUGAAAGAUGAACCAAUGAUUCCAUCAUUAUUAAAAAAGAUACUUUAUGAAGGUCCAGAAGAUAUUUUAAAAUAUAAAAAUUUCGAAUUAAUAAGAGAUAAAUUAUCUCCAUAUUUAGAUUCAUUAAUAAAAAGACAAAUUGAAAAAGGUAUUAUCACGGAAGAAACUCCUUUAAAAACUCAACCAAAUUAUCCUUUUGCUUGUUGGGUUAAAGAUAAUAAAACUUCAAAUGAUCAACAAGGUUGGAAUAAUCCAAGUCCAUUUUAUAAUAAAAAUCAUAUGAAAACUGAAGGUUUUGAUCCUUCGAAAUUAAAUGCAUAUGAAUAA